GGGGGUGGGGGGUACAGAGAGAAAGACAAAACUGAGAGAGAGUUAGAGAGAGAAGGAAACCAAGAAAGGGAAGGACAGAGAGGAGUUAGAAGGUGUGAGCGAGGCAGAGAUUUUACAAAGCUUCUUGGUACAUCAGGUGGACGAUAUCAGUUCCCCGUGUCGUCCAGGUGACCUCUGUUUCUUUCCUGUCUUUCAUCUCGUCAACUGACAGAUCAGGUGCAAAAUGGAAACUUGCCCUCAGAGAUCUUAAACCAAGAAUAAUUGCAACAGUGACGCUUGGAUUGAAAAUAAUUCCCAGUUAACUGAAGGCAGGGAAAUGGAAAAAAGAGAAGAGCAUAUGGCAGAAAAAGAAGAAACAGCCAAAGAUCCUCAAGAGCUGGAAAAGCAGGACAAAAAGCCUAUUAGUGAAAAAGAAAGAACAGAAUCACCAGACCAAGACUUCCUUCACCAACCUCGCACUUCCUUAUCAGAAGAUGGAGCCAUUGAGCCAAAAAUGGAAGACUUCAACAGUUCAAUUGAAAAUGACUUGAAUGGUGAACAGGGUAAAGAUUGGCCACCAGAGCCUGAACUGGAAGAAGAUUACAAAAAGAAACAUUACAAAAGAAAAGAAGAUCAGGUCAUUGAGAUUCAGGACUGGGUAAAAGAUAACAUUGAAACCAGUCAAGAUGUACAACAAGAUACUGAGGGUGAAAACUCUUUUAAUAUGACACAGAUGGGUGAAGGCACAGACUCACCAAAUCUGCCAGUAACCAGUGAAGAACAGAUGCAUUUCACUGAGCAUGAGCUAGAGUCACAGGAUGACUCCAACUCAGUUGUUCUUCUAUCAGAGAAUAGCGAAGAGCAAAACAUAGACUACAAACCUGUAGACUUUGCCACCACCAAAGAGCAGUGGGUGAGACGGGACAGUCGUAUUGAUGAACCACCAAACCUGGUGGAGUGGUCCAAGAUCUCUUCAACAAGUCUUAUUAAGCACAACCCUUCACAAAGCACCCAAAGUCAAUCCAUAUUCAUGUCUGAUACUGUCCAGCAGGGGGAGCUUGAUAUGAACAUCCCAAGAGCUUUGAAUGAAAAUGAGGUGGUGCAACAGGUGUGUGGUGCUGCUUCGCCCCUGGAUACAGUUGCAGGCGAGCCAGCCAAUCCAGAGCAAGGUAGCCCUGCCUGUAGCUCUACUGAAGUAAAAGAGCCAUUAAUAAUGACAGAGGGGGGUAGGGACAUUGAAAGGGAGGAGAGAGAGCGUGGUGAAACAGGUGAAGAGCGAAAGCAAACAGUGUGUGUCACAGAAACCAGUGAGACAAAAGGAGAGAGGCAGGGAAAGAUUAAAGAUCAGGGACAAGAACGGGACAACAAAGGACAGAGGAAUACAGACUCCAAGCCAAACACAUAUCCUCAUUUGGGAGAAGGUAGAGUCAACAGAAUGGAUUUUGAUGACAGCCAGAGUGAUAGUGGUCUAUCAGCAGAUUUCUCUCCCAGCAGCACGACAGAUGUCUCGGACUGUCCUGUUAACGUCAAUGCUCCUGAACUAUUUGAAUCUCCUACAAAUGAAACUCCCAUCGAGAGGGAGAUCCGUUUGGCCAUGAAGAGAGAACAGAGUCUACGGCGCUCACGAGGACUGGACAGUACAACAGACAGGACUAAUGAGUUUGUGGAAAUUCCAGCGAGGAGACCCAUUCUCUCUAAGGAUCUUUUGCUAAAACCCAACCCAAGUCAGGGCAAGGACAGACAGUUUGCUGGAAAGAAGAUGCAGCAGGAAAUAAGUGUGGAGGCAGAGAGGGAGAAGGUUCUGGUUGAGCUGGGUCGACUUCCUGGUUUUUAUGACAAGGGCACAGAGGUACAGCUUCAAGAGAAAAGGCAACUCUUUGAAGCCUUUCAAGAGCCAAAGGAAUCAGUGCCAUUCCUUAGUAGAAGAUCAAACUCUAUCAAUGUAGAAAGUUCUUCUGGAAUACUAGAAGUUGAUCCUACUUUGGAGAUCAGACAAUCCCAGAAUUCUCCCACCCCAACAGCAAUAACUCCACAGGGGGGUUCUAAUAGCAACCGACCUGCUUCUCGAGGACCUGGUCUAACUGAGGGAAUCAAGGGCCAGAUAAUAAUCAUAGAGGCCUCUAACUCUAUUCCCACAACAGUUGGAGACUCAAAUGGAUCUUUAAGGAGCUCUUAUAACACAGUCCCAUGGACAGAUGGAGGGUCCAUGAAAGUCAUGCAUUCUGAGAGUGUGAGGUCUUCUUCUGCUGGGCCUGUCAGAACUAGCCCAAGACAAAAUUUAAAAGUUGAAAAUGAAGAUGAUGAAGACUCAAUUACGGUGAAGGAGAACCCUUUCUUCAAGCUCCGGUCCUCCAUGUCUCUGCGGCCAGAGGUGGAGCAGGACAUUAAGGAGGCGAAGGAGAGGGAAAGAGAGCUACGGAGACAGAGAAAUAGUCAUUAUGGAGGUGCACCCAUGGACGUGGAUGCAGAAAGAGAACCAGGGAUGGAUUUAGGGGCAAAAGAAGGAGAGAAUAUGGAAAGGAAAGCAGGGGUAACACAGUCAUCUAGCAAGGAGAUACCCAGCCCCACUCCUCAGCACUCAAACCUAAAUCCAGUAGGCCACCAAUCAGAUCAGUUCUCCACCACCACGUCAGUGCAACAGUCCACCAGAAAACUGGACCUGACAUGGCCUCCACCCCAAGCUGAUGAAGAACAAAGACAACAGUCAGAGAAAACCCUAAAGAUCCCAAGGCAGCGAAACCCAUUACUAGAGCGCUGGGAGUCAGGGAUGGUGAACGGUCACAUGGACAACAGCAAGUGAGACCAAACCCAAUCUACAGCAUCCUGAAAUACUAUAUACAAUAUUCAGGAGUCCAUUUUACCAAAUGAGCCAGCUUGAUGAAGUGUAUGAACAAAUGAUCAGCUUUCACAGAAACCACCCUGAUCUUCUAAAGAAAAGGCAGUAGGAGAAAUGUGUGCCAUUAUGGGUGGAUGAAAGAGCAAACCAUUCCUUCCAAAAGACAAUGUAAAAGUGAAAAGUUGGAUAUCCAACCCAGCAUUCCUCAAGACACCGCAGGAGUCUGUAAAAAUCACUGUCAAGCCAAACUGGUUAUAAAAACAUCUAAUGGUUGUGUUUGUGAAUGCUUGGCAAUGUCUGAAUAGUGUUUCAUUGGUUUCAAAGAUUUUAGUGUAAUCAAAAUUCUCUGCAUUACAAUUAUACAAUCAUUCAUAAUUGAUAAACUACUCAUCGCAUAGUGAUAAAACUGCUAUGCUUUAAGAUUAGAUAAGAGUACAUUUAGAGAAACGUAAUCAUACAGAUAUUGUAUUACUCAUUAGAAAUGCUAAGCUAAACUGAUGAUAAAUAUAAAAAUGCUGGAAUUAAUAAAAAAUUAAAUAUGAAUUA